AUGACAUUGAGACUGGUGAUGGAUCACAUCUCCAGCCGAUUGUGCAUCACCUUCAGUGACGUCACCCAAACCUUCGACCGAAAAGACCCCAAAUGGUUCACCAGCAACGGGUUCGAAACCAACUCGUACAUGAACAUUAAAACGACCAACGAGUGUGCAUCAGCUAUCGGACAGGGAACAGUUCCAGCACCUGUAAAAGUAACCCCAUGUAAUGGUUUUGUCAUUAACUUGCACGAAAUGUUUCACGCUAUUGGCGCCAUCCACACCCAACAAUCACCCAUCAGAGAUCGCUACUUGGACGUCCACCAUUCUCUGGUCAGGCCGGAAUAUGCUAGCACUUACAUAAAAGACACCAGAGAGACACUAGUGGCCGAAUACUUUGAUCCUUUUUCCGCUAUGAUGUACCUAGACAGGACCUGGCACCUUACUGGUCAGGAGACCUACACGCCAAUCAGAGAUGAUUUAUUCCAUACGGCACCGAGCUUCUCUGAAGAACACGUGCUGUUCAACGAAUUAAAUAAAAUAUACAGGUGUAACGAACUCUUCUGCAACAACGACCAGACGGACUGUGGCCCAGGCUACCACACGUUGAUCAAUGGACGGUGUCGCUGUGUCUGUCCGGAUGAGUUGGAUUACAACACCAAUUAUAGGACACACAUUGAUGGACCGUCGAAGAACAUCUCCUGGCCUGACACCCAAAUAAUUCUGUACGGAACAAAACGUUGCCCCACUGGAUUUGAACCCAAUCCUUCCAGUCUACCCCUCUCUGGAAGACACACGACGACUCUGGAACCUAUGCCAGAACCAUACAAAAUAAAAGACACAACUAUAACCAUUCUCCUGUGCAAAAAAUCCACGCCAGUCAAGAAGUCAGAUGUGAACUGGAGUUCUUGGCCAAGGGGAGGCGAAUUAUGUUUUGUCAAGCCUAGGGGACAAGACUGUGGGGGAGUGUUUCUUAACGGGGCUCUCGAGUUUGAGACAACAGAAGAAAGUCAUCCAGUAGGUGACAUCGGCAACAUCACCAUCAACGGCAACAUCGUCAGGAUCAACUACUGCUGCAAGGAUCGGGAACAUUACGGCCUGAUCACAGACCUGCCCAACUCAGAACCUUUUAGGCUGGUGGCUCAGUUUGGGGAAUGUCCCGUUGUUAAAGCAUAA